AUGUCUUGCAGGCACCCAGCAAGCGCACUCCCUCCCACUAAGGUGCCCAAGAGGAUGGUCAGCUCAGCAGAAGAGGUGGUGAAGGAAGAGCCCAAGAGGACAUCAGCUCGGUUGUCUGUUAAACCUGCUGCUGCAAAAGUGGAAAUGAAGCCAAAAAUGAAAACAGGAGAGAAUAAAUCUUCAGACAAAAAAGUACAAACAAAAGGGGAAAAAAACGGUGCAAAGGGAGAACAGGGUGACAUGGCUAACCAAGAAACUAAAGAAGAUCGACCUGCAGAAAAUAGUGACAUGAAAACCGAGGAGAAUCCAGCCUUUGAUGAAAUGAGAGAGAAAGAAGCCAAGUCUCAUUAA